AUGGAGUCGUCUUCAAUCUGCGAAGACAAGUUAGAGCUGGCUGCUCGUCUUUUGUGUAUGAUUCAUGAUGUCGAUCGCAGCUUCGUGAUAGGGGUUUUGUGUGGGAGGGUUACAACAUCUGAAUCCUAUCGUCCUUGUGAGGGUCUACUUUCUUUGCAAUGCGAGGAUCAAAGGGAGUGUUCGCCUGGUAAUUCUGCUAACGAAUAUUGCUCGUGUGUGGGAAAUCAUUGUCUUGGCCAAGACAAACGUGAACAGAAUUCAGUUUCCGACUUUUGGAGGAAGUCUAAGGGGCUUGAUAGCUAUUCUUUGUCUUAUUCGUCGACACAGAGAAUUGCUUCGGCUAUUGCAGAUACCAUAACGAUAUUUCAAGAGAAUUCUGCGAAUUCUGGGAAAAGUACUCAUGGUUCUAUGUUUACUGACAGUAGUAAAAUCUUAUCAUAUAUAAUGCAACUUUCUGCUGCUGAGUCCCAGUUAAAGUUGGCUCUUACUGAGGAUGCGUGUUUGAAAGCGAGACUUAGGGAGGACACUGACGAGGAUGAACUGGAAAAUCUUGGCUCAUUCGAUGACGACAGUGCCAUGGAUGUCUGCUUUGAUGAGUCAAAUUCACAUGAUUAUGACACUUCAAGAAGCAAAGAGGUUACCCGAAGGACAAGGAAAAAUCCGUUUUUUGUCUUAACAAUGGACGGGAUUCAGAAUUGCUUUGGCGGACUUUUGGGAGGAAGUCCCAACUACUUACCUGCAGGCGUCUCCAUAGAUGAUUUGUUUUGCUUAUGUGUCACCUCUGAUGAGUUUAUGUCUUCUGUCAUACCUUGCAAAAAUCCUCUUUUCAAUAGGCCAUAA